GAGGCGACGAAGGAGGAGAGGGGCCGGCGAGGGGGGCGCGAGAUCACCGGCACGCCGCCGCCCGCCCCGCCCGCGCCGAUCGAUGGAGCUGUUCGAGCGCGCGAGGACGGUGCGGCUGCGGUGCCACCACGACAAGUACCUGUACGCGGAGGAGGACGAGUCCCACGUGUCGCAGGACCGGGGCGCGUCGUCCCCGAACGCCCGGUGGGUCGUCGAGCCGGUGGCCGGCUCCCCGGGCGUCCUCCGCCUCCGCAGCCGCUACGGCCGCUACCUCUCCGCCUCCAACGAGCCCUUCCUCCUCGGCAGUACCGGCCGCAAGGUGCUCCAGACGCUGCCCUACCGCCUCGACUCCUCCGUCGAGUGGAUCCCCGUCCGCGACGGCCCUCACACCCGCCUUCGCACCCGCUACGGCAACUACCUCCGCGCCAACGGCGGCCUCCCGCCUUGGCGCAACUCCGUCACCCACGACGUGCCGCACCGCCACCCCGGCUGGAUCCUCUGGGACGUCGAGGUUGUCCAGGCCCUCCCGCCCCAGUCGGAAUCCUCCCACCCCUCCCCCGCACCGGCCGACCCCGCGCCGCAUUACAAGCCGCACUCUCGGUCGCCGUCUCCCGUGCCGACGGCGGCGCUAAGGCAGCCUUCACCGCAGCACCACCGUCCGGCGAGCCCAACUUCGUACAGAGCGCAGCCCCCGCCGCCGCCACCGGGGUUUAUUGCGCCACCGGAGCCUGGCCUGACCAGGAUGGAGUCGACAGAAUCCUUCUCGGUGCCGCUGCACAAGGUGGAUGGGCGGGCGAUCCACUACCACAUUGGGGAUGACUAUGGCGACAUUGGCGAGGAUCAGGAAGGACACUCAUUCACGUUCGAUGGUACGAGCCUGGAGGAGCUUUUGGAGAGGUUGCAGGAGGAGACGGGGCUCAGCGACGUGAUUAUCUGCUCACGUAGCCCCAUCAAUGGGAAGCUCAUGCCGCUCCGUUUGCAGUUGCCGCCCAACAACGCUGCGAUGCACAUCGUGCUUGUGCAUGAGUCAUCAAAAGUGGCAAAAUCCUUUCCAUGACCAUGACCCUGUGGCAAAAUUUGAAGGUGGUGGCAGGGACUCAAGUUAAGAACACACCUGUGCAUCUGUUGUAUAUACUGUAAUCCCUGUUUGUUAUCAGUUCCAUUGAUUACCACAAGCGAGUGUUAUUCUUCAACCAACCGGGAUCUCAUCCUUGUAAGUAUUUUAUUCUGUCAACUUUUUUGAUCAUUUAAUUCUCAACGCGUAGAGAUAUUCCUGUA